UCGCAUCUGCAGUCGGAACGAGAUGAAGGAAACCAAAAUGGUGCAGGACCAAGGAGAGACCAAUGUGAUGGGGCUGCCCGAGUCGCUGCUGAAGAUCGCCAAGCGGGAGCUGCGCGAGGACCGUUGCACGCGGGAACAGAGCCUGGAGCAGCUCAGGAAUUGGGUGAUGAAGAACGAGGAUCUGCAGAAUGUGCGCUGCGAUGACACGUUCCUGCUGCGCUUCCUGCGGGCCAAGAAGUUUAGUGUGCCGAUGGCGGAGCAGACAAUGCUCAAGUACCUCAAUAUCAGACGCACCUUCCCGCACAUGAGCACCCAUCUGGACUACCUGGAGCCACGUCUCGGGGAUCUCAUCGAUCAGGGGUACAUAUUCGCUGUGCCGCAGCGGGACAAGCACGGCCGGCGGGUGGUGAUCAUCAAUGCCAAAGGACUGAAUCCAAAGGUGCACACCAGCUGCGACCAGGCGAAGGCCCACUUCCUGACCUACGAGUGCCUGAUGGAGGACCAGGAGACACAGAUCACGGGCCUGUCGCAUGUGGGCGAUUUCUCCGGCGUCUCCACGGCCCAUGUGACCAACUGGAAUCCCACGGAGUUUGCUCGCAUCUUCAAGUGGGGCGAGCAGUCGCUGCCGAUGCGUCACAAGGAGAUCCACCUGAUCAACGUGCCCUCCACGCUCAAGUGGCUCAUAGAUUUCGUGAAGAAUCGCGUCAGCUCCAAGAUGAAAAACCGCCUCAUCAUCUACGGCAGCGAGAAAGAGCUGAUGAAGGCAGUGGACGCCGGCUGCCUGCCCCUGGAGAUGGGCGGCACAAUGCCCAUGCGAGAAAUGAUCGAGCUGUGGAAGCAGGAGCUGGCCGCCAAGCGGGACCAGGUGCUGGGCCUGGACAAGUGCAUCCUGCUCUCCGACCGCGGCAUCCAGCGGCGCAGCAGCUUCAACUCCGAGAAGACCGGCUCCGGGCCGAACUUCGUGUCACAGAUCGAGUCCAUCGAGGGCAGCUUUCGGAAGCUGGAGUUCGACUAGGUCAUAGGUCCACCUCGGGCAGCGCCCAGCUCUAGUUUUAGGUUUUAGUCUUAGGCAUCAUCCGUUCACGCAGCGCAUUGCUUUGCCGGUCCUUCGGGAUGUUCUCUCUGCACGGGGGAUAUCCUGAAGGGCCCCCGCUUCGCUUUUCGGUGGCACCCCGCUUUACUCAUCCUGCGCUUCUUUUGUAUACUUUUUUUGUUGGCGUACAAUAAACGAGAGGAAUCACUUGGAA